AUGGCCUCCAAGCUCAAGGAGCGGCGGAGGACGCCGGUGUCCCACAAAGUGAUCGAGAAGCGGCGGAGGGACCGCAUCAACCGCUGCCUCACCGAGCUGGGCAGGACGGUGCCCAUGGCCCUGGCCAAGCAGAGCUCGGGGAAGCUGGAGAAGGCGGAGAUCCUGGAGAUGACGGUGCAGUACCUGCGGGCCCUGCACUCGGCCGACUUCCCCCGCGGCCGGGAGAAGGAGCUGCUGGCCGAGUUCGCCAACUACUUCCACUACGGCUACCACGAGUGCAUGAAGAACCUGGUGCACUACCUGACCACGGUGGAGAGGAUGGAGACCAAGGACACCAAGUACGCCCGCAUCCUCGCCUUCCUCCAGUCCCAGGCGCGCUUCGUGGCCGAGCCCCUGCUGGCCUCGCUGGGCUCCCCCCCGGAGCCGGAGCUCCCCUUCCAGCUGCACCCCGCUCCCGACCGCCCCACGGGGCUCGGACCCGCCGACACCCCGCUGCCGGCCCCCCACGGCCCGGGGGGGCCCUUCCCGUGGCCCGGCGCCCCCCGCAGCCCCCCGCUGCCCUUCCACCCGCUCCCCGCCGCCGCCUCCCCCCUGGGCGGCCCCGGGCAGCAGCGCGGCGCCUUCCUCUCCCCCGUGCCGGGGCUGGAGCGCCGCUACCUCAACCUGCUCGGCCAUUCCCACCCCAACGCCUUCGGGCUGCCCCCCGGCCAGCCCCCCGCCGUGCUAUAG